CUCGACCUGCAUUAAAAUAUUAAUUAUAUAAUGUUUGGAUUGUUCAUAACAUCAGCUCCGUAGCGUCAUCAUAUUGCCUCGCCCGCAAGCUGCCACCACGGAUCGAAGACUGGACCGAUCGGUAACAGUAAUAUUACCAAAACUUAUCAUCAUAUUAUGUCUCAAGGUAAUAAGCGCAAUUACGGUGCCAUACAAAAUUGUGGGUUUUUGAGAAUUAAAAGCGGGUACUGCAUUUGGACAGUUCGUAUCAUCUACAUCAGUUCUUGUUCGUCUCGUCCCUAGUUAAUGUGAAAAACUCAUCCGUUCCUUACAUACAUGUAUUGCGCUGACCGCACCCAUGUUUGGGUUUCAAUAUCCAAUUCAAUCCAAGUCCUCUACAAUCUAUACUCUAGUCUUAUGUGCGCCGACGCGCUAUUUUUGAAUUUAAGUAUUUAUCGAACAUCUCAAACAGUUGCAAAUCGAAGAGAUAUAAGUUCAGUUUGCUUUGUUAUACAUAGGCUCUUCCUUUGUUUCUGGAAAGGUUGACUAGCGAGCCCACAUACAGGUCACCUCUACUCUGUUGUAUCACCAGCGUAAUGAAGAGAGGUUGCGGAUCUUUUAAAGUUUUGAAUAAACGUUGCCGCGUUUGGAUGACACAUACAAAUCAAAGUGUAUGAUUUCUGUAGUGUGACGGUGGGUUCUAGGUUUACCUAAUGUAUGUUAAUGUUUUCCGAUAGUAAGUGAUGUAACUCCGAGCAGUGGAAAAGUGUUAUAUGAGAUAGAGCAGAACAUCAGCAGUAGGCUAUGAGCAAAUCAGUGCAUUCACCAUUAUUUAAUAUAAGAAAACAAUUUUAUAAAUUAAUUACAACUUUUUAUUCUCAUGACAACGUAAUAACUUUUCUGAUUUAUAUGCUAGUAUUAAGUCAUCCACAUAAAUGUUUGCAAACAGCUUUUCUCCUCCUUUUUCUAAUACAUACAAGCAAGGAUCCGCUGAAGAAUUCUUAAAUCCGAUUUCCAACAAUUUCUCAUGUAACUUUAAGAACCAUUGUCUUCCUGCUUGUUUCAAACCAUAUAUGGCUUUGUUUAGUUGACAUAUCCCAUUAUUUUUAUAUCUAUUUAUAUCUAAAAGCAUUUCUUUUGCUUUUUUAAUCAACUCUAUGUCUUUUCCAUGUGUAAUUAUGAAUUUUAAAUAUUUAUCCAGAUUUUUCGGCUUCUUCAUAUAAAUUUGUUCGUCUAUAUCGCCGUUUAAAAAUGCAGUACACACGUCUAGUUGGGAUAACUUAAAUUUAUUUUCAAUUGCAUGUGCAAUAAGUAUUCUAAGAGUACUCAUUUUUGCAACAGGUGCAAAUGUUUCAGUGUAAUCAAUUCCUUCUUUCUGAUUAAAAAGUCGUGCUUUUCGUCUAUCUAUUUGUCCCAUUGCAUUAUAUUUAUAUUUUAAAAUCAUUUUACUAUCAAUCAAAUUUUUGCUUUCGUUCCUGUGUACAAUUUUCAUAGUAUUAUUUUUAAGAUGAGUUUCAAUCUCGCUUAUUAUUGCAUCUUCCCAUUCAUCCAUGUUCUCGUCUAUUUCACAGAGGAAUGAUUGUUCAGCAUCCAUCUCAUAAUCUUGAUGCCAUGCUGGUGGUUUUCUCUGUCUUUUGUCAGUAGAACUAGUCGGAUCUAUUGCAUCUGUUUCUGUAUUUGCGUCAACAAAUAUUUCAUCAUUGUUCAAUUCCUGUUCAGUUUCAUCAAUUUCAUGUUCUUUCAAAUCUUUAUUAUCUUCUACAUUUUCUUUUUCAGGAGAAAAUAUAAUUUCUAUUUGUUUUUUAUUAACUACAUCUUGUUUUUGUUCUCAUUUGAUCUCGUUUUCAUAAAACAUUUUGUCCAGUAUUUUGACAUCUCUGCUAAUCAUUACCUGGUCUGUUUUUGGGUUGAAAAUCCGGUAUGCCUUGUGAUUUUCCGAAUAUCCUACAAAAAUUCCAGGUGUCGCUCUGGCUGAACAUGUGAAAAUGUCUUACUGACGGAACUCUCUUUACCCAUUUUUCAAAUGGAGUCGCGUUAUCAAUACUUGUGCAAGGACUACGGUUUGCCAGCUAACUAAGCUGUAUUAAUAGCUUCAGUCCAAAAAACUUCUUUCAUAUUGGCGUCUAUCAACAUAGCUUUAACAUCUAGCUUUAUCAAGCAAUGUCCUAUUUUUUCUUUCUGCUAAGCAAUGGCUUAACAGAAUGCUGUUCUGGCGUGUAUGGUGCGGAAAGUCUCCUUUUGAUGCCAUUCUCCUUCAAAUAUUUGUCAAAAUUAUUGUUAAUAUAUUCUGUCCCAUUGUCACUUUGUAAACAUACUAUCUUCUUUUUGGUAAAUCUUUCAGCCUCAUUCUUGAAUUCCUUAAAUUUUGAUAGAGUUUCAUCCUUAGUUUUCAUUGUAUAUACUCUUGUAUAUCUUGAAUAAUCAUCUGUAAAUGUGAUGAAGUAUUUGGAACCCCCUUUCGAUGGCUGCCUCAUGGGACCACAUACAUUUAGUAUGCACAAUUUCUAAUCUUUCAUUUGUACGUUGCUCAUUUUUAGGUGCAUUAAACGGUAGUUUUGUUGCUUUGCCUUUAGCACAGACUUCACGGUCUUUAACUGUGUCACUUUUAUUGAAUUCUAAGCCUUCCAUAAUUUUCUUAUCAAGUGCUAUUCUCAUUUGUCCUUCAUUUAGAUGUGCUAACUUUCUAUGCCAUUGCUGCAUUUUGCUUGCUUCGCAGUAAUUAGCUUUCUCUUCUAUGUUUUCUUUAACGUAGUACAAACCGUCUGAAUGUCUCUGCUUGAAACAGAAUUUUAUUAUUUCGCAUCACGGUAGCAUUUUUUUGUUUAAAUAAAACUGUUUCACCUUUAUCUGUUAUUUUUCCAAUUGACAUUAGAUUUGUAGUCAGCGAUGGUACGUACAAGGCUUCAGUUAGUUUCAGAUUUGGUAUUUUAUAGGUGUAAAGUUUUGCUGGACCUCGUCGUUCGAUUUGUGCAAGACAGUUUUCUGAUGCUAACCUUAACGUUUUGUUAUCAGCUUUGUCCAUAUUAAUGAAUCUUUUCAAUUCAUGACUCAGGUGUGACGUACAUCCGCUGUCAAGACACCAUUUCUUAAUUUUUCCUUUAUUAUCAGACAUAUUUAGGCAUGUUUCUUUUUAGCAACAUAGACUUGCAUUAUUUUUAUUAACUCGGCCCACUUUUGACCAGCAUUCAUGAGCUUUAUGUCCUUUCUUUUUGCAUUUAAAGCCCCAUCCACACGCUUGACAAACAAUGGCAAACAGCAAACACGGACGUGUGGAUGGGUGUUUGUCGUUGUUUGCCUGUUUGUGUUUGUGAUGGGCAGUGUUCGGCAUCGGUGUCGGUUUGCAGAUCAAAGGAUGUUUGGCAAACAGUUUGCGACGCAUCCACACGUUUGGCAGCGUUCAGUAAUGCGCGCGAGCUUGCGGGAGGCGGACGUAUUUUCUUGCUACACUUUUUCGUUGGCGCGCAAAGCGUAAAAAAUGUCUGAUUGGUCAGCAACUACGAUUCUGACAUUUUUGGAGGCUUAUCAAAAUGAGCCAUGUCUCUGGAAUCCCAAAGAUCGGCAAAAGGUUAAUGAUGCAUGGACUCGCCUCAGCAUUAUAAUGAAUAAAAGUGUCAAGGAAUUGAAGACCAAAAAAGAAAUACUGAUGGCUACGUUCCGCAGAGAUUUGAAGAAAAAAAAAGAUUCUAUUCGGUCCGGUGCAGGAUCCGAUGAUGUUUAUACACCGGUCUGGUUUGCUUAUGACCUGAUGGAGUCAUUUUUAGGACCGGUAUAUACCUGCUCAAAUAACGUAAAUUCAGAGGAAAGAGCAUUGCCAGAAGAAAAUGAAACUGCUAUAGAGGACGUAGAAGUUGUUGAAAAUAGAGAUUUAGAACAGCCUCUCCCUACACCAAAACCAGUGCGCCGUCGUCCAGCUACCGACACAGCGGAACGGCAAAUGUCGUCUGCAUUUGGACAGUUGACCAAUAUUUUAAGCAAAAGACAGAGGGAAUAUCCACCACCACCACCAAAAGAAGACGACGACUGCGAACUUUAUGGAAAAUUACUAGCGAUAAAACUGCGUGAACUUUCACCGGAUGAGAGGAAACUAUUUAUGUAUAAUAUAGACACAUUGUUUAUAAAUAGAAUUAAAGACAGGCUCUUUAAGCGACAAACCCCAUCUCCCCAAUCAGCCCCUUAUCAGGCAUAUUCUGUGCCAUUACCAAAAACUUCACCAAUUCCAAUACGACCAUCAACUUCCCAAACAUCAUAUUCCGAACCUUUGCCAAAUAAUUCACCAUCGGCUCCAUAUCGACCGUCAUCUUCCGAAACCUCGUAUUCUGAACCUUUGCCAAAUACUUUAGUUUUAGGUUCAAACCAGCUAUCAACCGCCCAAACGUCACAGUAUUUACCAUUGGUAAUCAAUUCACCCCAACCAUUCACUUCCCAAAAUCACGUUUUUUUCAACCAAUCGGGCUCAUCAAAUUCUACUCCUACCAUUCAAAUAAUAUCCAAUGAGUUGAUUUCCCAAAGAACAGAAACAAACCGUGUAAAUGAAGCUUUAAUUAAAGCUUAUGAAGACUUUGAUCGUGAAAAUUGAGAUAGUUUAAUCGGCUUAAUUUUUCAUGAAUUAAUUUUUCAUUUCAAAUUAUUGAUAAUAAAAAUAAAAAUUUAUAAAAAACAA